CCCCGCACACCCUCCUGCUAGCCGGCCCCGCGGGGCGUGCACCGGAGACACAACAGGUGGCCGGGCGCGCCGCUUCGCUGUCAGAUCCAUGCGGGAGGCGCCCCUCGCCCGGCUCGACCGCGGGACGCUCACGGAUACAGAACUGCGGAUCCCCGCCCGACCCGGUGCUGGUGCUGGUGCGGGGCAGGCUUUCCCUGCUGCGGAGGCCAUGGCGCGGAGCCCCAGCCCCGGGCCCGGGGAGAGAGCGCGAUAGCUCUGCCUACGAACAAAGUUACACAAGAUUGGCUUUGUUCCUUUUUCUUUUCCUCAAAUUUUGUUUUUCAGCUGCUGGUAGUGUGUGUGCACUUUCUAGGACUUCUGCUUGACUUCCGAGUAGCUGGAUUCUUAUUGGGUGCUUUUUGUGCUGUGUUAAUCAAGGUCAUUGAGGGUUGUUGGGUUUUUGUUUUUUUUUUUUUUUUUUAAAGUUUUCUGUCUUUGCGAUCAAACAUAACUAGUGUAGGUGGAAGGAUUUUGUGGGGUUUCCCUUUUUUCUUUGACCUAAAGAAAACGGAAAAUGCAUCCUCCAGAAACCACCACCAAGAUGGCUUCAGUUCGGUUCAUGGUCACACCAACAAAGAUCGAUGACAUUCCAGGCUUGUCAGACACCAGCCCGGACCUCAGCUCACGGUCCAGUUCCCGAGUGAGGUUUAGCUCCCGGGAAAGUGUGCCCGAAACCAGCCGGAGUGAGCCUAUGAGUGAGACGUCUGGGGUCACCACUUCCCUUGCAACUGUUGCGCUGGAUCCAGCCAGUGACCGGACUUCAAACCCCCAGGAUGUUACUGAGGACCCGAGUCAGAACUCCAUCACAGGGGAACACAGCCAACUGUUAGAUGAUGGCCAUAAGAAAGCUCGGAAUGCUUAUCUCAAUAAUUCUAAUUAUGAAGAAGGCGAUGAAUAUUUUGAUAAAAACUUGGCACUCUUUGAGGAAGAAAUGGACACCAGACCAAAGGUGUCUUCUCUUCUCAAUCGUAUGGCCAAUUACACUAAUCUAACACAAGGAGCAAAGGAACAUGAAGAAGCAGAGAACAUCACUGAAGGGAAAAAGAAACCCACCAAGAGCCCCCAAAUGGGUACCUUCAUGGGUGUCUACCUCCCAUGUCUGCAAAAUAUCUUUGGAGUGAUCCUGUUUCUACGCCUUACAUGGGUUGUGGGCACGGCUGGAGUUCUCCAGGCCUUUGCAAUUGUUCUUAUCUGCUGCUGCUGUACAUUGUUGACUGCUAUCUCCAUGAGUGCCAUUGCCACUAAUGGAGUGGUGCCAGCUGGGGGCUCAUACUUUAUGAUUUCCCGGGCAUUGGGCCCAGAGUUUGGUGGGGCUGUUGGCCUCUGCUUUUAUCUUGGUACCACAUUUGCAGCAGCCAUGUAUAUCCUUGGUGCCAUUGAAAUUUUUCUGAUAUAUAUUGUCCCCCGUGCUGCCAUCUUUCGAAGUGAUGAUGCACUCAAGGAAUCAGCAGCCAUGCUAAAUAACAUGCGUGUCUACGGCACAGCUUUCUUAAUCCUCAUGGUGUUGGUGGUUUUCAUUGGUGUGCGCUACGUGAACAAGUUUGCUUCCCUUUUCCUGGCCUGUGUCAUUGUGUCCAUCUUGGCCAUCUAUGCUGGAGCCAUCAAGUCUUCUUUUGCCCCUCCAGAGUUCCCGGUCUGCAUGCUGGGUAACCGCACCCUUUCGUCAAGGCACUUUGACAUUUGCUCUAAGACUAAGGACGUUAACAACAUGACAGUACCUUCUAAGUUAUGGGGUUUCUUCUGUAACUCAAGUCAGUUCUUUAAUGUCAGCUGUGAUGAAUACUUUGUUCACAAUAAUGUCACUUCAAUCCAGGGCAUUCCAGGACUGGCUAGUGGUGUCAUUACAGAAAAUCUUUGGAGUAAUUAUCUGCCAAAGGGAGAGAUCAUUGAAAAGCCCUCAGCCAAAUCUGCUGAUGUCUUAGGCAGUUUAAACCAUGAGUACGUGCUUGUUGACAUCACCACUUCCUUCACUCUUCUGGUGGGCAUCUUCUUUCCCUCUGUCACAGGUAUCAUGGCUGGAUCAAACAGAUCUGGAGAUCUGAAAGAUGCCCAGAAGUCUAUUCCCAUUGGCACUGUCCUUGCCAUCCUGACCACCUCCUUUGUCUAUUUAAGCAAUGUCGUCCUUUUUGGGGCAUGUAUUGAAGGUGUUGUUCUAAGAGACAAGUUUGGGGAUGCUGUGAAAGGUAAUCUGGUGGUAGGGACCUUAUCCUGGCCCUCCCCAUGGGUGAUUGUCAUUGGCUCCUUCUUCUCAACAUGUGGGGCUGGACUGCAGAGUCUCACAGGCGCACCGAGACUGCUACAGGCUAUAGCAAAGGAUAACAUCAUACCCUUCCUAAGAGUUUUCGGUCACAGCAAAGCGAAUGGGGAGCCUACCUGGGCUUUACUUUUAACUGCUGCCAUUGCAGAGCUGGGAAUCCUUAUCGCCUCCCUGGAUCUUGUGGCCCCAAUCCUUUCCAUGUUUUUUCUCAUGUGUUACCUCUUUGUAAACUUAGCAUGUGCCUUGCAAACAUUACUUCGAACACCCAACUGGAGACCCAGGUUCCGCUACUACCACUGGGCCCUCUCUUUCAUGGGAAUGAGUAUAUGUCUGGCUCUGAUGUUCAUUUCUUCCUGGUACUACGCCAUCGUAGCCAUGGUGAUCGCUGGUAUGAUCUACAAGUACAUCGAGUACCAAGGAGCUGAGAAAGAAUGGGGUGAUGGUAUCCGUGGGCUGUCCCUCAGUGCAGCCCGGUUCGCUUUGCUUCGACUAGAAGAAGGACCUCCACACACUAAAAACUGGAGGCCUCAGUUACUGGUUCUGCUGAAACUAGAUGAAGACUUACAUGUCAAGCAUCCUCGCCUCCUCACCUUUGCUUCACAACUCAAAGCAGGAAAGGGUCUCACUAUUGUGGGCUCUGUCAUUGUGGGGAACUUCCUGGAGAAUUAUGGUGAAGCUUUGGCUGCUGAGCAGACCAUAAAGCACCUCAUGGAGGCAGAGAAGGUGAAAGGAUUCUGCCAGCUGGUGGUGGCUGCCAAGCUGAAAGAGGGCAUUUCUCACCUCAUCCAGUCGUGUGGCCUCGGGGGCAUGAAGCACAACACGGUGGUGAUGGGAUGGCCUAAUGGCUGGCGCCAGAGUGAAGAUGCUCGAGCUUGGAAGACGUUUAUUGGCACAGUGCGAGUCACAACUGCUGCCCACCUGGCUCUGCUGGUGGCUAAGAACAUCUCCUUCUUCCCCAGCAAUGUGGAGCAGUUUUCCGAGGGCAACAUUGAUGUGUGGUGGAUUGUGCAUGACGGGGGGAUGCUCAUGCUGUUGCCAUUCCUGCUCAAGCAGCACAAGGUGUGGCGAAAAUGCAGCAUAAGGAUCUUCACAGUGGCGCAGCUGGAAGACAACAGUAUUCAGAUGAAGAAAGACUUGGCCACCUUCUUGUAUCACCUGCGCAUUGAGGCAGAGGUGGAAGUGGUGGAGAUGCAUGACAGUGACAUAUCCGCAUACACCUACGAGCGCACCCUGAUGAUGGAGCAGAGGUCCCAGAUGCUCCGGCACAUGCGCCUGUCCAAAACAGAGCGGGACAGAGAGGCACAGUUGGUGAAAGACCGGAACUCAAUGCUGCGCCUGACCAGUAUUGGCUCUGACGAGGAUGAAGAAACAGAAACCUAUCAGGAGAAGGUGCACAUGACUUGGACAAAAGACAAGUACAUGGCCUCUCGGGGGCAAAAGGCCAAGUCAAUGGAAGGAUUCCAGGACCUGCUUAACAUGCGUCCGGACCAGUCCAACGUGAGGCGGAUGCACACAGCCGUGAAGCUCAACGAGGUUAUCGUUAACAAGUCCCAUGAAGCAAAGCUGGUUUUGUUGAAUAUGCCAGGACCACCCCGAAAUCCUGAAGGUGACGAAAACUAUAUGGAAUUCUUAGAAGUGCUCACCGAGGGACUCGAGCGCGUCCUCCUUGUCCGAGGUGGUGGCAGUGAAGUUAUCACCAUUUAUUCCUAAUCUGCAUCCUGAAAGACUCUGCUUGGCCUCACCUUUCCUAAAAGGUUUCCAUCCUCCAUGGAAGUGCCAGCUCUUUACUACCACUCCCAUCAGAGGCUUGUGUUCUGUACACAUCACACCGAACUCUUGAUGAGAUGAGCCUCAAAUACUUGUGCAAGAAAGUACAAAUAGGUGUAUUUGCUCUUUGUUCCCAUAUGAUCUUCUGUCUCUACAAAAGCAGCAAAUACUCCCUCAACAUCAGAACAACGGUCGGGUCCUAAAAGCCAUGUCUGAACUAGUUGAAGAGAGAAUUAACAGGCUAAACCCACAAAAUGAAUUGGCAAAAGGGGUGCUAGGGAAUUCAACUGGAGAAAAAAGCAAGUACAAAUCAAAUGUUAAAGAUGGGUCUCAGUGACACACCAUUAUGGUUCUGUAACACCGUGGGAGUAAUAGCCAGAGACACAGCCUUACAGUAAAGAAUUCAUAGCCAAGUACAUGAGGAUUCUAAUCUCCUGGUGGAGAUAACCCUUUGCAAGCCAAGAUGGAAACCUAUUGUAGCUAAUUUUCUUUAGUGUGCACUCUGCUUUCCAGGACUCUAAUUUUGUAUUAGGGUACUAAGUACAAAAGUGAAACAUGGCUGCAAAAAUAAGAGGAUUAAGUGCACAGAACUGUGUUGGUGUGUAUUUCAGCUGUCUCUCAAAGCCCAUGCUGUGAUGAAGAUUGUAAUAGAGGCAGUGUUACCAUGGAAAUUGUAUUUUUAAGUUGGCGUAAAAAUUAUUUCUUUCAGGUUCUUUUCAAAUGGCAAACUCUUAAGAUAUAUUAAAAUAUAGUCUAUUUAUGUGACAUGAGCAAAACAUACAAGCUGAUAUCUAAGAAAUACCGAUAAUGAUACACAUUGACCAGUAGGUUCUCCUGUCCUCCUCCUUGUUAUGCCCUCUGGGUUAGUAGGCACAGGUCAAAAAUCACCAAAUUUUAUCCAGGAAGACUGGCUAAAAUUUUUCUCCAAGAACUUUGGACUACCUUUAGAGAACUCAGCAAUGGAAUUGAAGUUCUAGAGCCAUACUUUUUCCACAGUGCCAAAGUUUUUGAGCUGCUGCUGCUCUCCUUACCUGCUUCACUAAAGUGGCAAAUAAUUGGCAUUGUCCUAAUUCAAGAGACUGUUCCUCACUAAGACUCAUUUCCAAAGCCAUACUGAAGAUGUGAGGCACCAAGCUAGAUGCCCAGGGUAUGAGCGUUUUUCAAUUUUAUUCUUCAUUCUGAUUGCAGAAAACAUGGCUCUGAACUAAGAGACUGUCCAAGCCAACACACACUAUUUUUUUUUUUUUUUUCCCAGAAAGCUGUAUGUGUGCCAAGGAAAUACUUGUGCAAGCUUAACUCUUUUUUUUUUUUUUUUUUUUUUGCUAAGUUACUGAUCACAAGACACCUGGCUUUCAAGUAUGGGGAAGCUAGCAUGUGGCUGAGUGGUUAUUUCUCAUGUGAGAAGUCUUCAUUUCUUUUUCAGGAUAGUUAUUUAAACUGUCUUGCCUGUAUUUGUGGCGCCUUUUGAAUCUCACUUUACCAAUGAUAGAGCCUCUCAUUUUUUGAUUAUCCAAUAGGAUGCAGAGCAAGCUGACCUAGGUAUCCGCAGACUAUUUGUUUGACCCUAUAGACAGAGAAUACCCUUCAAUAUGGCUUAAGAAAUUGAGCCAUUUUGAGUUGCUCCCUUUGCUAUUUGAACCUGCCGCCCCAGUUAGGGUAGCAAAGCACACAAGAUAUUUUUUUUACUUGUCCCUUACUGCAAAGGGCAGAAGCAUCGUUUAUAAUGUCCAUUACAGCACUCCAUUGCUUAGUUGAGUACAGCUAAUAGUGGGACAGGUCCCCUAGGACCCAAGAUAUUUAAGAUCUGCACUCUGAGGUCGGCACACACAGCAAUUCUUCUAAAUUUACAUACACUCUGGCCAAAGUGAUAACGAUUUUCCAUAUAGAGGAAAUAUGGGCAGGAAAUAAGGUUAAUAAUAUUAGACGAGCUUUUUCUUGUAAAGACAAAGGGAAUUAAUGGCUGUUAAUAUAGCCAUUACUUUAGCCCCUAAAAGACAAAAAUCACUGUUACAUGGGGAAGUGGUUAUUAGGCCAGAUUUCAAUUCACCUCUGUCUAGAGCAUUUCAUAUCUAUGUGUUGCUUACGUUGUCUGUCUAUGAAGUGUCUUGUCUCUUUCAAUCACUGCAAAUAAAGCAAUACCGAAAACUUGAGAGAAAAUGCACCUUAGGGGAAGGGGCUUUGUGUUUCAAGAAGGAAAGGAAGCCCUCCUCCUGCCUUUUGAAUAAAAUCCAGCUUUUAUCUUAGCUAUGACUUUUCUGGGGCAGGUUAUGAUAAUACUCAUUCUCCAGCUGCUGGCCCGCUGCCUUCACUAGCUGUCUUAAAAGCUGAAGUUAGGAUUGUGGCCUCUUGUUUGCCAGGUGCCAGUCCCGCUAAGCAAGGGGAGGUGACUACUCUGUACCUUCCAUUUCCCCCGCGUCCUACAGCCCCAGCCAUCCCGCCAACCUUCAUUCCCCCAACCGUUAAAAAUCCAUUCUUGCGGAUAUUAAAGUAGCAAUUACACUGUAAGCAUAUUUAUGUGCUCCUUUGUGUGGGUUUUUUUUUUUUUUCAUCAUGUAUAAUCUGAAUCCAGCAUUAGUUUCUCACAUCUUCCACAAGUGUCUCUGCAGAAUUUUUAUGUCCCAGCUUGUGUUACAUAGAAGUAAAAUAUUAAGGAAAAUAGAUUUUAAGGAAAUUUGUGCAACUUUUUGCAGGCAUUGUCCUCUAUAACCAUAUAAUUUAUUGAAAGGAGAUGCUGCUGUGCUUCUUGAUUUAGCAGCAACCAUUCUUUUGUUUACAUAGAGUUACGGUUUUAUUUGUUUUUCUCUGGAAACAUAAAUAAAGUUUUCUACAUUAUUUUCAGUCAAAGGUUGUGAUAAGUUUG